AUGGUUACCACUUCGUGUGCUGGACAGUCAAGGAUUGUCUAUUCAACUUGUGUUGCCAUGGCAUAUUGUGUUGGACAUCUGGUCAGCGCGAUAGUCAUCGUCAACUCGACCGCUAAUCUGUCAGGCCCAGAGUGGAUGUCAUUGAAGCCACUUGAGUUCAGAACCAUACCAAAACGAGCCCAGAAACGCUUUCACUACUACACAACGGGCUUCGGCCAGAUCCGUUAUGAGUCUACCUAUCAGACCCAGAUUCCCGAUGAAGCGGGGUCAGGCCUGGUUUGGUCUUUUCUGACGCAGCCAGACAUAGCCUAA